CCACAAGCCCCAGCUCCUAUCCUGGUCUCCACUUGCCUGCCCUAAAGCCAUGAAGCCAUCCAUCCAAGCAGCCAAUUUGCAGCCAUCGGCCCAGAGCCCAUCUGACCAUUGACACCAGCAGGUGCCAGAACCCAAGAUGCAUUCACCCUGGAGGCUCCUUGUCCUCCUCACACUGCUGACUCUGCACAAGCAGCCUUGGCCUGGCCUGGCCCAGGCCCACCUGGACAGCAAAUCCACCCUGGCAAGGAUUAUUACCCAAGGCCUCAUGAAGCACAAAGCAGAGGACCAAAUCCAGAGCAUCCGCCUCCUGGACAGUCUGAAUAACUCAAGGCAGGUGGUCCCUGGGAUGGUGGGCUGGCUGAUUGGGGGCAUGAAACUCCAGCAGCAGCAGCAGCAAGAGAUCAGCCUCAAUAUCACCAACGUGCAGCUGGAUUGUGCUGGCAUCCCGAUGUCUUUUCACAAGGAGUGGUUCUCUACCAACAUCUUGCUUGAAUUUGACAUUGAACUGACACUGUCCUUCAAUAACAGCACUGUGCUGCACACAAGCAUGAGCCUUGUUGCAGAGUUCUGGUUGGAGAAAGAUGAGUAUGGCCGGAGGGAUCUGGUGGUGGGCCAGUGUUGCACGGAGCCCAACGUCCUUGUGACAGUCCUCACUGAGGCUGUUCCAUUCAAGAUGAAACAUUUCCUCCACAACCUCAAAGAGAACAUAGGAAAGACUGUCCCACAUCUGGUAGAAAAUCAGGUUUGUCCUCUCAUUGGCGACCUCUUCAGGCAGCUGGAUGUGAAACUAUUGAAAGGCCUCAUGGAACAGGCAGCUGCCGACGGACUUGAUCAACUAUGAAUCCAGACAGCACCCACUUACCAACGUCUAGGCUCCUCCGCUCCCUGCUGUUGAUCAGGAGACUCCACCUCAUGGGAUCCUCAGUCUCCUUCAGCAUAGAGUCCCUACUGUCCC